AUGCCGCGUGAUAUGUUUUACCUUUUGAGAGUUAAUUUUUACGUUGUGGAUAUUCUGGGAGUUCCAGGUGAAAUUCAAAAGGAGAAUAGACUAUGGAAGCUUCAACCCAUGAUAGACAUGAUUCGAAACCAUUGCAGAUCACUGGAGAGGAAACCUAGAUCCUCGUAUUCAAUUGACGAACAAAUGAUUCCAUUCUUAGGAAGGUGUCCAGUGAGACAGUAUGUGAGGAAUAAACCUAGACCAGUGGAUCUUAAAAAUUUUGUUCUCACAACAUCUGAGGGAAAAAUUCUUGACUUUGAAAUUUAUCAAGGUAAACUGACGCCUUUCGAAAACAAAGACCUGGGUCUUGGUGCCUCGGUUAUCCUGCACCUAUCUCAUACACUACCAAAAGAGAGUUAUCUUUCUUUUGACCGAUACUUUUCGACUGAAUCUUUGUUUGACAGGCUGAUUUCUUUGGAAAUUUAUGGCACCGUAACCAUCAUGCCAAAUAGAUUGAAGAAAUGUAAUUUUCUGAAAGACAAACAAUUUAAAAGAGGAAACUCACAGAAAUUAGUUAGAAACGAUGGAAAAGUUAGCGUGACAAAAUGGAUGGACAAUAAAUCUGUUCUCAUGAUAUCUACAGCCUGUGGAUCUGAGCCACAAGGAGUAGUUAGCAGAUGGGAAAAGAGUGAGAAAAAACAUGUGGAAGUCCCGUGUCCCAAUGUUGUUGGUAUGUACAACCAGAAAAUGGGUGGUGUUGACGUAUGUGAUCAAAUUAUUGAAUUAUUGUAUUUUUUAGACAUUUAA